AUGGCAAAUGCUUGGAAACCCUUGGGAUACGGCAUGCUGGCCCGUUCCUCGAAGCUCAACUGCGUCGCCUGCCCAAUGUCCGAACGGUUAUACGAGGGGUAUAAAUGCGAUGGUGGUGUCUAUGGAUGCACGAGAGAUUUCGGAUCGACUAUUACGAUCAGCCUGUUGGAUCUAGACUCAAACCUCAACACCAUCUCAAGACCAUUCAUGACUAGGGGCAUGGAUGCGCAUUUGAUCAAAGUGCGAUAUGCGAGUUCAGACCUCUUGAGCGCGACUACCACCGGCGACAGCACCAGCACCAGCACCAGCACCAGCAGCACCCUGGACCCGACCGCGUCUACGACGUCUGGCCUGCCGACGGCCACUGCCUCGCCCUCGCCCGGUGGGGGUUCCUCGGAAGGCCUGACCACAGGCGCCAAAGCAGGGAUCGGGGUGGGUGUAGCCAUUGGCGCACUGGCGAUCUUGGGACUGGUAUUCUUCAUGUUUAGAAGACGGGGUCGUAAGAGCAACGCGGCAGAGCUCGACAACACGAACGCACACUAUGUCCCUCCGGGGCUGGCUGAGCAGCAGCAGCCUUAUGCACCCGCUGAUUACAAGUACCCAAGCGAAUUGGCGAACACCUCACCUCCUGCGAUGCACGAGUUGGAUAGCCAGGACUCCAGAUUCGAAACGCCGAGGCAGUCGCCGGGGUUCGUGGGGAACAACCAGGACCACAGAUUUGGUCCGCCGACAUAG